AAGUGUGUGUAUCUGCACUUCUCACUUGUCAGGCUUGUGUUCAAAAAGUUCAACCCACCUUCACUCUCACUUCAACUCUGAAUGUGAGCUUGGCGGUUCAACAAGAAAAGAGGGAUUUGUGUUCAAAUUUCAUCAUGGAGGUAUUUAAAAGGGCCAUAAUACAACCCGGACCACCUGAAAGUUUUGCUUUGAGGACUGUUCAAGAAGUAAUUAAGCCUCAGAAACAAACAAAAUUGGCCCAAGAUGAGAACCAGUUCCUAGAAAAUAUUCUACGGAUGCUGCUUCAGGAGUUUGUGUCAGCAGCAGUACAGUCUGGGGAGAAAAUAAUGCAAUUUGGUCAAUCGAUUGAUUCUAGUGAAACUACCCAAGGCCACAUCCCUCGCCUUCUUGAUAUUGUGCUAUAUCUUUGUGAGAAAGAACACAUCGAAGGUGGUAUGAUUUUUCAGCUGUUGGAAGACCUGACAGAAAUGUCUACAAUGAAAAACUGCAAAGAUAUUUUUGGUUAUAUAGAGAGUAAACAAGAUAUAUUAGGCAAGCAAGAACUUUUUGCUCGAGGAAAACUUGUCAUGCUGAGAACCUGCAAUCAGCUUCUUCGCCGGCUGUCAAAGGCAAAUGAUGUGGUCUUUUGUGGAAGAAUUCUGAUGUUUCUAGCUCAUUUCUUUCCUUUAUCAGAGCGAUCAGCCUUAAAUAUCAAAGGAGUUUUUAACACAUCAAACGAAACAAAAUAUGAAAAAGAACCCUUGGAAGGCAUAUGUAUUGAUUUCAAUUUUUAUCAGACUUUUUGGGGUCUGCAGGAAUAUUUCUCCAACCCUACUUCCAUAAAUCAUGCUCCAGCAAAGUGGCAGAAAUUCACCUCCAGUUUGUCGGUUGUAUUAAAUACAUUUGAAGCGCAACCUUUAAGUGACGAAGAAGGAGAUGCUAAUAAUUUGGAGGAAGAGGCAGUUAAUUUUAGUAUAAAAUAUCUUACAAGCAGCAAGCUAAUGGGUCUAGAGUUAAAGGAUCCUAGUUUUCGACGUCAUGUUCUUGUGCAGUGUCUUAUUUUGUUUGAUUACUUGAAGGCCCCAGGAAAAGGUGACAAGGAUUUGCCAUCUGAUAAUGUGAAAGAAGAGAUUACAUCAUGUGAGGAACGUGUUAAAAAGCUUCUUGAAUUGACACCACCAAAAGGAGCAGAGUUUCUACACAAAAUUGAGCAUAUAUUGGAACGUGAAAAGAAUUGGGUGUGGUGGAAACGUGAUGGCUGCCUCCCAUAUGAAAAACAACCUGUAGAGAACAAAGCAUUACCAGAUGGGUCCAAGAAGCGUAGGCCAAGAUGGAGAUUGGGUAAUAAAGAGCUGUCUCAGUUGUGGAAAUGGGCAGAUCAAAAUCCGAAUGCUUUAACUGAUCCUCAACGUGUUCAAACACCUUCAAUUAUGGAGUACUGGAAACCCUUGGCUGAAGAUAUGGAUCCCUCUGCUGGAAUAGAAGCUGAAUAUCAUCACAAGAAUAACAGGGUUUAUUGUUGGAAAGGUCUUCGGCUUUCAGCACGACAAGACUUGGAGGGAUUUUCUAAGUUUACUGAUCAUGGCAUUGAAGGGGUUGUCCCACUAGAACUUUUGCCACCUGAUGUCCGAUCUAAAUACCAAGCUAAACCAAAUGACAGAGCUAAACGUAGUAAAAAGGAAGAAGCAAAAGGCACUGCCCAUCAAGUUGAGGAAAAUCAGAUUGCUGCAACUGCGACUGAGAUCGAUGGCAUUAGAACAGAUAGCACAGCAACAGCUAUGGAGUUUGAUGCCGCCACUGUUGCUGGUACUCAAGGUGGAACCCUGACACCUGAUGAACUUCAGAAGCACAGCCCAGACACUGAUGUUGGUCAGGAAGCAGGCCAAUUGGAAGCAGAUGCCGAAGUUGAGGCAGGAAUCAUAGAUGGAGAGACAGAUGCAGAUGUUGACUUAGCUGAGGGUUGACAUGCAGAGUGAAUGCCAGCAUCAUGUUAUUGUUGACAGAGAUAGCUGCAAUAUUCAUCACCAGGUCAAGUUAAAGCCACUUUCUCUUCUAAUUAUCUGAUCACAGGAAGGAAAUUAUCUGGACUUUUGGUAUGAAUGUCAUUUGAAAUUGGUUCUCUUCAUGAACUACAGGCAUAAUUGUACUUAGAUGGAAAAGAAUGAAAUAUACUGAAUCCGAGUUUUUCCAAAACGUGCUUUCCCUGCAAUCAAAACUUGAAACUGAUUUUAUUAAUGUCAAACGCUAGAUUCA